GUAUCAAUGACUUAGAUUACAAUGAAAUUAAUUCAUAAUAUGUACAAUAAAUAAAUACACAUCUUCCAUAAAGCCUGUGGUAAAAGGCAAAGAGAGGAUUGUAUUGUAGUACAGCUUGGUUACACAGGGGUGAAGAGAAGGAACCCCCAAUGGGGUAAGUAAAUGGGGAAGGAUGUUACCCUCAGUCUGAGCUCUGACAAGUGCUAGUGCCCUGGAACACAGAUGCCAGCCUGGCUGUGGCCCCUCCCAGGGCUGGUCCUGCCCAUCUCCCCUGUGCCUCACUCACUCAGGACACCAUGCAAAGAGCACGGCUUUAACUAAAUUAAUUAGGGAUUUUUGUCAAUCCGGAGGAUUAAUGGCCAAUAGCAACCUGAGCACAGAUGAUGUGGGAACCUGUAGGGCUGCAGUGAUCUUGCAUUGCUGCUGCUGCUAGGAUGCUACAAGGGAGACAGGGGGAUUCUUUCCUACUUCCAAGGGGAGGUAAUUUGCUCAGAACAAGGGGCAGGCUUUGUAAAGUAUAAAUACUGCGACUUCAAUAGCACAUCCCUAUCUGAUGUGAAACUCUUAGCAGGAAGAAUUGACAAAGAUCUCUAACAAGGGAGAGUGAGUGGGGUUUUCUGCCUGCACAGCCCCUUGAUGUCUUAUUAUUGAGGUUUCCGGACCCUGGAAGGAAGAUUUGCCAGGUUAUUACUGGGAACGGCGAUGGAAGAACUUACUGCCUUUGUCUCCAAGUCGUUUGAUCAGAAAAUAAAGGAGAAAAAAGAAAUGAUCACUUACCGGGAGGUGCUGGAGAGCGGGCCGGCCCGGGGGAAGGAGCCCGGCUGUGGCGAGGGGGUCCGGGAGGACGGGAUACCAGGGGCCAGAAGUAUAGGAGGGGGUGGCGGCGGAGGAGGUGGUGGAGGAGGCGCCAGAUCACCGGUGCUGGAGCUCGAACUGACCGCUGACAGGAUCAGGGACCCUGGGAGCCCCAAACUCACUGAGGUGUCUCCAGACAUGAAGGAGAGGAAAGAGGACCUGAAGGUGCUGGAGGAAGAGGGACAGACUAAAAUCAAGCAGAGAAGGAGUCGGACUAAUUUCACUCUGGAGCAGCUCAACGAGCUGGAGAGACUGUUUGACGAGACCCACUAUCCCGAUGCCUUUAUGAGGGAAGAGCUGAGCCAGAGGCUGGGGCUGUCUGAGGCCAGAGUGCAGGUCUGGUUUCAAAAUCGGAGAGCAAAGUGCAGGAAGCAGGAAAACCAGCUGCAUAAAGGAGUCCUUAUAGGAGCAGGCAGCCAGUUUGAAGCCUGUCGUGUAGCGCCUUAUGUCAACGUGGGGGCUCUGAGAAUGCCAUUUCAGCAGGAUAGUCAUUGCAACGUGCCAUCCUUGUCCUUCCAGGUCCAGGCACAGUUGCAGCUGGACAGUGCAGUGGCACACGCACAUCACCAUCUACACCCUCAUCUGACAGCACACGCCCCAUAUAUGAUGUUCCCUGCUCCACCCUUUGGUCUUCCAUUGGCAACAUUGGCGGCAGAAACAGCAACGGCUGCAUCAGUAGUGGCUGCUGCUGCGGCUGCCAAAACCACCAGCAAAAACUCAAGCAUUGCAGACCUCAGACUGAAAGCCAAAAAACAUGCAGCUGCUUUGGGGCUGUGACUGGCGAUGCUUGGGCCCCCAGGCACUGGGGCCCUGCAGACUUUCCCCUAAGUUCUUUAUUUAUGCUAUGGAGUCUGAAACCCAACCAAAAUUCUCAGCUUUUUUGAAAUCUUCAAGGGAUCAAGAAAGACAUCUGAUGAAGAGGCUGCAACAGUCUUCAAUGUUUAUGCAUCAGAAAACAUUUUGAGACAUUGGUCUGCCAAAUGGUAUCCACUACCUACAAAGUACCGUCCACUUUCUGGGCCCAAUAUGGCUACUAAGACCCACUUUUAAAGGACAGACCACAGUGACAGAGCACUAAUUAUAUUUCGUAAAUAAUCUAUUAAUUAGAUUUUUUUUUAAUGGAGAUGUGUGUGGAUAAUGGGGAAGGUGGGUAACACAUACAUUUUCUACUGUGGAACUUGAAAGGGAAGCAAAGACAAAAGUUAAAAAUAAAAGAACAGAAGUAGAUAUGAUCUAUGACGGGAGAAAGUCAGAAGGAAGAUUUUUGGAUGUUCCCAGGUUUUGACACUGACCCUUUUGUGCAAAGUUCACUUUAAUACAAGGAAUAUAACAAGUGAGGCGGGCCUCCUUGUGUAUCAUCUUCUGGAUGCUCCAAAACUUCUAGAAGAGUGACUUGAAUAAAAAAUAAAGACUAUUUCUUUGCUAAUUUCUAGUGGCAAAAUGUACAGCUGACUCUGUGACAGAUUACUGGUUUGCAUGUUUUUCUCAUUUCAUUGAUGCAGUUUUUAAUUCACUUGCACUUCAUCUCCAACUUUAAUAGAAAUAUGCUAUAAAGAAAGAGAUAAAUUCAUUACUCUUCCUUAAUUCACUCUGCCCGCCCCAGUCCUUAAAAGUGAAAAAACAAAACAAAAAAAAAACAGAUUACUUGUAUAUUUCUUAUAUAACCCUUUGUGUAACAAAGGUUCAUCUGAUGCGCUUCUGUGGCAGAUGUACAUUGGAAAGAAAGUGGUAUUCGUAAAGGGAUUUUUAUUCCUUACACAUUAGCACAUAUGAUCCAAAGGAGAGAUAUAUUUUCUCUUGACAUUGGCAAGGAGUGUACUGUAUGAAAGAUGAUAUUAAAUGCACAUCCCAUGCUAGCCAUUGGCUACAUGUAAAAUAUGUUAAUACACAUGAACAAAAUUUAUUUUGGUUACAUUGUGAAUAGAUAGUUACCUGUUAGCAUUUUUCUGUCAUCAGAGGCGUAUUCUAUUCAAGUAUCUUGUGAUCCUUAUUUUGAAUACAUAUAGAUAUUUAAUGUGGAAGUGGAGAUUGUUAUACAGUUUGCUAGCAAACACAAUUUAAAGAUUUUGAACACAAAGAUGACAGAGGGGGAAAAAGCUCUCCUGUAAAUGAACUUUGAUGGGUGGGCUUUGUAAUUAUUUGUUCUCCAUGAAAACAAGUUAUUUAUAUAUUCCAUUUUUUUCAGUGUGCUUUUAAGUUAUUUUACACUUUGUAUGUUAUUGCUGCAUUACAUUUGAUGUUGGUACAAUAUAUUUAAAAGAAAAAAUCACUCAGGUUUAUUUAAUCUCUGUUAAACCACUUUUGGCUACGUAAUUUCAAAUACAAAACUUGGCAAAACUGAAUUAAAACACUAACGUUUUUUUUUAA